AUGAAACAUUCCAUUCGUGUUAUAUCCUGUGUAUGUAUACUUGUUUGCAUCACUUAUAUAUGGUAUAUAACUAAUCAACAUGCACCACCUGUCGAUCAACUGACGUGUACAUGGCCAGUUAGUUUAUUCAACCAAACAGUAAUAGAAGAAUGCCAUUGGAAAUUUGAUCAUUAUGUAGCCAGUGGUUGGGAACGUUUUUGGUAUGAUAAUAUUGAUGCAUUGCAAAAAAAUGUUUGUGUAACCUUGUCGAAAGCUGAUCAAAUGAACAAAAGUAUUCGAUUGAUAGAACGCAUUACUAUUCUUCAACAAUCGAUUUUCAAUAAAUCAUCGAUAUCAAAGGAUGCUAACGAACUCUUUUCACAAAUGUUCUAUCGAUUGGAAUGUUCAUCUGGUCGUUCACUUUUAGUUGCUCAACAAAUCGAACCGUUAGUUGGUCUUCUUCGUGAUCCGUUAACUAUCUGUCCAGGUUUUAAUCAGACAAUUCCAUUACACUUGAUUCAAAAUGAAGAAGAUGAUAUGCAAUCAAAACGAUUUAUUCUUCUUGCACCAUCUGCUCCGUAUGUUAACUUUCCUCCGACAGGAUCUCAACCACCAUGGAUUUCUCAAAAGCAUAGACGAAAGUAUCUUUGCGAUAUUGGUAGUUCAUAUUUUAAUGGAAACAGUGCACUUAACAAAAGAGGAUCAGCAACAAGUGCAUGUUGGUUCUAUGAAUAUUUUCGAAAGAGUUCUCUACAGUUUGAUCGAAUCAUUGCGUUUGAAGAUAGUGAGCUCUUACCAAAAACUGCUUGGCAACAAUUACCUGAUGAUCUCGUAACAGUGUACACUUUGAUCAAUGUUGCUGUAGAGACUUCAGGUAAAUUUAAUCCUUUGAAAAUGCUUCAGUCAUUGGCUCAACCUGAAGAUUAUGUUCUUUUUAAAUUGGAUAUCGAUGCCUUCUAUUUAGAAAUGAAAUUUAUUGAACAAAUAAUUGAAAAUAAACUUUUACAUUCAUUAAUCGAUGAAUUAUUCUUUGAAAUGCAUGUUUCUGUCAACGAAAUGUUACCUUACUGGGAACUUACCGUCGGACCAGCUCAUCUCAAUGAUUCGUAUGUUCUCUUUACAAAACUACGUCAAUUAGGCAUUCGUAUGCAUUCAUGGCCAUAA